CGGAAAACUCGAGUCAGUCUGUCAGUCAUUCGUCGUUAAUGUCGGGCAUAAAAUGAAGCCUGUCGCCCGAUGCGAGCAGUGCGGUGCGAAAAAUUUCUUGUUGAUAUGUUCGAGGUGUACGUCCGUGUAUUAUUGUAGCAGGGAACACCAGGCGAUGGACUGGAAAAACCACAAACCCCACUGCCAAAACAUAGACAACAAAGAGAAAUCCGACGAGUCGCUCCCGAGGAAGUCGCUCACAGUCGAGUCGGAAGGCGUAUCCGUCAUGAACAACGCAAAGACGGAAAUGCCCAAUUUCGAUUUCGGCACCCUGUGCAACCUGUUCUCGUCAUGCGGGCCCGCCGGCGUCGAGGACACCAGGCCGAUCAGGAACGACAACCAUUCCAUGGACACGUCCCGGACGGCGGAUCGUUUCGGACGGCUCAGGGCCAACGAAGACGACGAAGACCUCGUCUGCCGCACGGUCAUCGAUCACAUGAACGCCUACGGUGUCUGCGUCGUCGACAACUUCCUAGGCACCGCCCGCGGCAAGGCCGUGCUCCGCGAGGUGAUAGAAAUGCACAAAAACGGCAAGUUUGAGGAUGGACAGCUCAUGAGCAACAACCUCAAAGCGGAUCACAAGACCAUCAGGAGCGACCAGAUCACAUGGAUUGACGGCAACGAGUCAUUCUGCACCAACAUAGGCAUGCUCAUCAAAGAGGUGGACAGAGUCGUCAUGAGGGCAAACAACAUGUCAAACAACGGACAAAUGGGAUCUUACACCAUCAACGGAAGGACCAAGGCUAUGGUAGCGUGCUAUCCUGGUAAUGGUGCUCAUUACGUUAAACAUGUAGAUAAUCCAAAUAAUGAUGGCCGAUGUAUAACCGCCAUAUAUUACCUUAAUCAAGACUGGAAUGUAACUGAAAACGGUGGACUUCUGCGGAUAUUUCUUGAAGGACAGGAUACAGUUGCAGACAUAGAGCCUUUGUUUGAUAGGAUAUUAUUUUUUUGGUCUGACCGUAGAAAUCCCCAUGAAGUUCAUCCAGCCUACAAAACUAGGUAUGCGAUAACGAUAUGGUAUUUUGAUGCAGAAGAAAGAAAAAGGGCUUUCAUCAGAUAUCGAGAAACUGGUAGCACAGUCUGUGCUUAAAUUUUAAUUGGACAAAAUUGAAACGCUGAAAAUCUACAAACGAAUGCUGAAACAAAAUAUAUAUCGAAACCUUUUAGCGAACAUUAAUCACGAUGAAAUAUUUCAUUAUUAAAUGAAUCAGAUUUUAUAAGGUAACUUAAAACUUGAAUCAUAUUACCAAUAUAUUAUUCUUAAUUAUUUGAUUAUAAUUGUAUGAGCUGAUUGGAAUAGUGUAACAUGCAAUCGUUUUUGCUGUAGGUUCUACUGUAUUAAUUUUUUUUUUUUAAAUAUAUUUUUGCCAUUAAAAUUUCUCACGCGUAUGAAAGCGAUCAUUCUUUAUCUUAUGAUAAAGACAAAUCAUUAUGUAUGUAAAAUAUAAAAAUAUUAAUUUUAAGACCAAGUACUAUUAAAUUGUUUUGUUUUAUUUUUAUUUUGUAGGCAUCUAAAGGCAAACAUUUUACCAACAUCGUUGUUUCUAGUCUAGUGUAAACAUUUGUAUUAAAACCAGCAUUGAGAAACAGAAAUUAUUUUUAUAAAUCCUACGAGCAUGCAACAUAGCGUAUUAUAUUAAAUUUCUAUCAUAAUGACUAUGUACAUGUGCAAUAAGGUGAAUUUUUUUUUUUUUUUUUUUAAAUAUCUAAUUCAUUGAUUUCAUAAAAAAGUGACAAAACAAAAAUUAUCCAGUUAAAAUUUUUGAGAUUGUGUAUAAUAACAGGAAAUUAGGAAUCUGUUAAUGUCAAACAAUAAUUAUCGUGUGUAGAAUUGAAAUUAAAAUCAGAUGGCUGUUAACCCACACGAGUGCAGAGUAUCAGAAUCUCCCUGAAAAAAUAAUUUUAUGUAUUUUAUUUGUUUUUUGGAAACACUAAUUUCGUUUUUGUGGUUGUCCGUUCUUCUGGUAUCAUUCAUCAAUCUCAGAUCUGCUUUAAAAGUUACAAAUCCGUUCAGGCGGUGAUUUAUAUUGCCCUUUUAUUCUGAUGUGUACUAAUCACUUUUCUCAUUUUUUUUUUUAAAUAAUAUCUGCUAUCAGUAUUAUAUACUCUAAUUGAAUAGAAUAGUAAAAAAUAUUGUCUCUGUAAGUGUUUUCAAAGCAUUACAUAUGAUGCAGUGUUUUUAAUUUUAAUUUGAUUUUUUUCGGUUCAUCAAUUUUAUAUAAAUCUAAAACUCAAUACUAUUUAGAUUCACGAGGAAAAAUGAUAUGUGUAUAAUAUUAAAUUUAACAAAAUUAAAGACUUAUUUUACAUAUUUCCCUGGUGCAAAUAUUGACGAUGUAAAUUUGAACAUUUUUCUCUCUCUUUUAUUUGUUUAUAUUGUACAUAGUAAUUUAUUGUAUGAACAGUAGUUAAUAUAAGUUAUUAUAGGGAUAAUAUAAUAAGUUGGUUGUUAAGACAGUUUUAUCUAUCUGAUCUUUGGAUUUAUUCUUUUGCAGUCAUCGGUGAGACUAUGUAUAAUCAAAUAUUUAAUAAAUAUGGAAUGAAUUUAAUUUUAGUCUAGACGACACGAGAAUAGGUGCGCCAUAAAGUGAUCGACUUAACUUUUCUUUUUUUAUUUUAACUACUAUUUUGUCAAAAACAUAUUCCCUGUUUAAACGGGUUUGGUAGGUUAGAGGGAAUUAUAUUAUAAAAUUGCUACUUAACUUCUACUUCUCUCAAUUUUCAUUUGAGUGUAGAUAAUCAAACACAAAAUUUAAUAAAUCUUCAAAUAUUUUUGCGUUUUGGAUUCAUGUAUCAUUUUCUAAUUUGAUUAUAUUUUUUAUAUAUAAAUUGAAAGCAAAACUUGCAGCAGAAAAUUUAUGGUGGCAGUUGCACUAUUCAAUUUGUUAUAUCCAGUUUUGAAAAUUGACAAGAACAGAAGAAAAUUUUUUUUUUUAUUAUGUAUCAUGCUGUUAUAAUUUUUUAUGUGUAUUUUGUACUGUUUAUUUUUUAUUGAAAAAGGCUAUCUAUGCUGCGGACUGUUGUAUUUUAAAAAAAAUUAAUUAACAUGAAUCUAGAAAUGCAAUGUUUUCUUUGUUCUAUUUAAGAGAAAUUGAGGCAAAAUCGAAUUUAUUGUUUCUUAAAUACAAGGUUAAUAAAAAUGAUAUUAAAAAGCCUUGAGAUCAGUUAGAAUUUCUAAGAAAUUAUUCACCAUCUCAGUACAGCCUCUGUUUAUACAAUUGCAAAUAAAUUGUAUUAAUAGGGAUAAAACAGAAGUAAAAUUAAAUUUUAUAAAUAAACAAAUAUAUAAUUUAAUGGAAUAAAAUUUUAAGUUAUGUUAAAUUAUGUCAAGGUGUCCAAUGGCAUUUGGUCCUUAUUUUUGUAUUUUUGAUACCCUUUUAAGUCCCCCCCCCCAAAUUAAACCCAACAGUGGACAUUACGGCUCAUAAAGUCGUUUCAUGGUCACAAAUAGCAAAGUCGAAUUUUUUUAUUUGUUCAGAUGGUUUGCAUACCCUGAUGUUGCCAGUGUAACGAAUAACCAUUCGAUAUAUUUCCUCAAUUGUUUCUCUCACUUUGUAAUGAGCAAAAAUAUUCAAACAUACUAAAUAACAUUAUUUUGAAUAACUUUAAUUUUGUCCUAAAAAUAAAAACUGUUCUGUCACUUUUUUAAAAAUUAUUUAAUUGUUCUAAAUUAAAGUGAGGCAUUUUCGUUUUGUUUUUUUAUUUAUAGAUGUUAUUUUUAAAACCAAUGGUGUUUUAAUGGCAUUUGACCUGACCUUCCUGAAAUACUAAAAUCAUUUUACUGUAGCAACGACUCUUUAAAUUUAGAAUGUUGGCCUGAUUUCCCCAUUUUAUGUUACAUAAAAAUAUGUAUAGUUCAUAUAUAUAUCUAACCAGUUGCCCUAUUAUAACAAAUCCUUUGUAAAAUAGAAUUUGGUAAGGAAUUGUUCAAUUUAAUCAUACUCAAGGAAAAGUGAGACUGUUUGACAAAUUAAUUCUAGUAACUAAACAAGAGUUCCAAUGAGUUAUUUACUACCAUAUUAAGAGGAUAAUAGAUAGGAAGGAAAUACAAAUGUAUAUUUUCUUAAUUCAUUUAUUAUGGGCAAAAUAAAGUUGUGAUAAAUGUUGUUGUCAUUGCUUAAGCAGUAUCUGACUGUUAGCUGAUAACAGCUCAACCAAUUUGUAAGAUAUAUUUAUUGUACAUUACAUCAUUUAUUGAUUUUGAUCAUCCUGAAUGUAUAUAAAUUAAACUUGUAUGCUUUUAUUGGAAAUUAUAAUUAGUUAUAGUCCUCUGAAGAAUGAUAUUUUAUAAUGAAUGAGUUUCUGUUGUAAGACAAAAAUCUAGUCAUCAUUUGCAUUGUAAUGAACUGCACAAGAGACCGUUCAAAAACAAACUGCGCUGUGAAAUAUUGUUAAUAAAAUCAUUUUCAAGGAU